CACCAUCAAGAGUGACCCGUCGGCGCCAAAUACGCCGCUGACCGUGGGCAGAUCGCCGCCAACAUACCAGCGGACUCAGUCUAACGACAGUGAACGCGACUUGACCGGUAGCAAAGAUUGACUAGCGGGGAACACUUCCAGAUACCGGAAGUGUUCGAGAUUACCUGCUUGGAGGCCACCAAUGAGUCCGAAUGGUCGUGGAAAAUGUCGAAAACGAGCCAAAAGUGUGGAAGGUCUACUAGAGACCACCGUCGAAUUGGACUCACAAGUACAGGUACAGGCUCAAAUGAAAAAGGCAAAAAGCCUGGAAGAGUACUUGGACACGUGCGAAGAAGACGUCGAAGACAGCAGUAGCGUCUCGGCAUCGGUCAGCGACAGCGUAAAGAAGAAAAACUUUGUCGAUAAGUGUAUAAACAAAAUGAAAUCUUUUAUAACGACCACCAAAAAGACUUCAACGGACUCGAAAUAAUGAAUAGAUUUAUUGUAUUAUAAUAUUUAGUGUAUUAUAGUGUAUACAUUUUUUUUUAUGUACUGUUUUUUAUAUUAUAUAAUUUUCGUUUUUAAAUUUUUUUAAAUUUUAUGUUGACUCAAUAUUUAUAUAUUUUUGUAAACCUAUACGUACCUAUAUUAUAUUUUAAUUUACUAGUUGUUA